AUGAAGGUAGGAGUUAUUGAGACCCAUCACUCCCAUGCAAUCAUUCCCAGUGUGGUGGUGCAAGACACCAGUGAGGAUCCUGGACUGACAGAGAAAGGGGAAAACAGGUGUGCCAGGAAAUGGUAUCUACCCGGUGCAUUUGCACAAUACAAUGCUAACAACAAUAGCAAUAAAGACGAAGAGAAGAAAAAGAAAAAAGAAAAGAAGAGCAAGUCAGAAAACAAGAAGGAUGGAGAAAGACAAAAGAACAAGGAAAAAAAGGAAAAACACAAAAAUAAAGAUAAGAAGAAGAAAGAAAAGGAUGAAGAGAAGAAGAAAGAUAUUUUCAUCAUUGAUCCAGCAGGAAAUAUGUAUUACAACUGGUUGUUCUGCAUCACAAUGCCUGUCAUGUACAACUGGACAAUGAUUAUUGCUAGAGCCUGUUUUGAUGAGCUUCAGAAUGACUACUUACCUGUAUGGUUUAUUGUUGAUUAUGUUUCUGAUGUCAUCUAUAUUGCUGACAUGUUUGUACGGACAAGAACAGGUUACCUGGAACAAGGUCUUCUAGUGAAAGAAGAACAAAAGCUUAAAGAGAAAUAUAAGAGCUCCCUGCAAUUCAAAUUAGAUUUUUUGUCAAUCAUACCAACUGACCUCUUAUACUUUAAGUUAGGGCUGAAUUACCCAGAAUUGAGAAUAAACCGACUGCUCAGAGUAGCUCGGAUGUUUGAAUUCUUCCAGCGAACAGAAACAAGGACAAACUACCCAAAUAUCUUCAGGAUCUCUAACCUUGUCAUGUACAUUGUGAUCAUUAUUCACUGGAAUGCCUGUGUGUAUUACUCGAUCUCAAAAGCCAUUGGAUUUGGGGCUGACACAUGGGUCUACCCCAACACCUCUCAUCCUGAAUUUGCCCGUUUGACCAGAAAGUACGUCUAUAGCCUCUACUGGUCCACUCUGACCCUGACUACUAUUGGUGAAACACCCCCUCCUGUACAAGAUUCUGAGUAUUUCUUUGUGGUUGUUGACUUCUUGGUGGGAGUAUUGAUUUUUGCUACCAUCGUUGGUAACGUCGGCUCUAUGAUCUCCAACAUGAAUGCUGCCAGGGCAGAAUUUCAAGCAAAGAUUGAUGCUAUCAAGCAGUAUAUGCACUUUCGGAAUGUAAGUAAAGACAUGGAAAAAAGAGUUAUAAAGUGGUUUGACUAUCUCUGGACAAACAAAAAAGCUGUGGAUGAAAGGGAAGUCUUGAAGUAUCUGCCAGACAAACUAAGAGCAGAGAUUGCAAUCAAUGUUCACCUGGAAACAUUAAAAAAAGUUAGGAUUUUUGCAGACUGUGAAGCCGGUUUGUUGGUUGAACUUGUUUUGAAACUCCAGCCCCAAGUAUACAGUCCUGGAGACUAUAUUUGCAGAAAAGGAGAUAUUGGACGAGAAAUGUACAUUAUCAAAGAAGGCAAACUUGCAGUAGUUGCUGAUGAUGGAGUGACACAAUUCGUAGUCCUAAGUGAUGGCAGCUAUUUUGGAGAAAUCAGCAUUCUUAAUAUCAAAGGUAGCAAAGCUGGCAAUCGAAGAACAGCCAAUAUUAGAAGUAUCGGAUACUCAGACUUAUUCUGUCUGUCUAAAGAUGAUCUCAUGGAGGCUUUAACAGAGUAUCCUGAUGCAAAGGCAAUGCUGGAAGAAAAAGGUAAACAAAUCCUCAUGAAAGAUGGAUUGCUGGACAUUGAAGUUGCAAAUUUAGGAAGUGAUCCUAAAGACCUGGAAGAGAAGGUUGCUUAUAUGGAAGGAACAAUGGACAGAUUACAAACAAAGUUUGCCAGGUUGCUAGCUGAGUAUGAUGCUGCACAACAGAAACUGAAAAAAAGACUUACACAAAUCGAGAAAAUACUGAAGCCAGUUAUAGAGCAAGAAUUCUUAGACUUUGAAGAAGCAGAUCCAUCCACAGAUAAACCUGGAGUGACAAAAACAGAAUAA